AUUUUUUUUUAUUUAAGAUACCUUUUCAAAUGCUCAAAAAAAAAUGUGAAAAGGCAAGGAGCCCAAUCUGAUCUUUCCUCUGCAGAAGAUAAUUUUAAACGAAAGAGUUAUAAGAUAUUGAAAAAACAAAAGACUCCAAGUUCAGAAUCUGACUAUGAACAAUCUGAUGACAACAGUAAUUCAAUUCCGCGUUAUCAUUCAGAAAAAAACUCUUAUGGCAAUACCAGUGUGUCACCAACAAUGAAUUCAUCUCAGUCAUAUGGAGUAAAACGAAGCUUAUUUCCAGCAGAUAUUGGUAUCCAGGAUAGUCCAAAACAUCUAUUCUCUGCAAUUAAAUCUGCAUCUAAAAAUCAAACAUCAAAUAAUAAAAAAAAUAUUGAAGAUGAUAAUACUUUUAAAAAGUCAGUUAUUCAUCAACUUCUUACUCUAAAAUAUGAAAUGCGCUCAAUGGAUGAAAAAAUAAACAUAAUACUCAAAUUAGCAGAAGAUGAAAAAAUAUCAUCAAUAUCACAAGAAACUGCAACAUUUUCUCAAUUUUCACAAUUUGAUAAUGAAUUACCUAUCAAAACAUAUGAUGAAUUAAUUGAAAUAGAAAGUAAAAUAGCUAGUGACAAGACUUAUCGUUCAUAUUUUGUACAACGUCUUUCCUCUGUUGGAGGAAAAUCUAUUGCAGCUAUGGUUAAACGGAUAAUGACUAUGGUAUUCAACCCAGAACUAUUAAUAACAUUUUCCUACAAUGGCCGUUGUAACAAAAAGCGAAAUUUUGCUGGCUUAUUAAUAAACAAAAUCAUUUUUGAGUCUGUAUUCAAAAUAAAAAAGUUUGCUGCUUCAGAUAACUCAACGAAUCAAAUAGAGCAAGUCAUCAAAUAUGUUUUAAUUCAAACACCAUUUAAAUUAAAAAGGCAAAAAGAAUCUACUAUUCAUACCACAGUUAUGGAACAAUCCUAAUAUAAUUUCUUUAAAUCUCUAUAUUUGUUAUCUAAAAACAAAAUUUCGCUAUAUUCUUAUACAAUGUAUUAAUAGUAAUUAUUAUUUUAUUUUAUUUUUUAUUGAACUUGAAAUUUAACAAAAAGAAAUUUCCACUUCGACUACUUGGGCCAUUAGUAUUUUAGUUUAAAUUUACAAAAGAUAAUUAAUUAAUUUUUUACAAUAUAUAAAUACAUGGUUUUUU